CUCGGCGGGGACAAAGGCGCGGGCCAUGGCGUCGGGCGGCGGCGGCGGGCACCAGGCGAGCCAGAGCCGCGCCAUCCCCGCCCGCACGCGCACCGUGGCCAUCAGCGACGCGGCGCAGCUGCCCCACGACUACUGCACCACCCCCGGCGGCACCCUCUUCUCCACCACCCCCGGCGGUACCCGGAUCAUCUACGACCGCAAGUUCCUGCUUGACCGCCGCAACUCGCCCAUGGCCCAGACGCCGCCGUGCCAUCUCCCGAAUAUUCCCGGUGUCACCAGCCCCGGCUCUGCGGCCGAGGAGCCCAAAGCGGAGGUGAACAACCUGAACAACCACGACGGGAAGCCUUCGAUGGGCGACGACGCGCAGUUCGAGAUGGACAUCUGAUCGGCCGGCGGAGAGGCAGCGACUCCCGACACCUGCGCGCACCGAAUUCGGCGGAGCCGUCGGCCCCGAGCCGAGCGGGAGCUGCCGCGGGAGGCUCCGUGUCCCCCCCCCCCCACCCCGCGGGCUCUCCGUGGCCACUUCCCCCUUUCGACCCCUUCUUUAUUUUAUUUUUGCCCCCACACACCCGAUUUCUCUGGCCGGCCACGUCGCGGACAGGCGCUGAAGGUACUUCCGAAACGGCUCGUUCCCGAUGCCUCCUUACGCCGGCAACCGUCCUGUCCUCGCCCCGGCCCCGGUGCGAAACUCGUUUUAAGGACUACGCGUGAAAAUCGAGGGUUUUUAAGCGGCUGACCGCCCCCUUCCCGGCGGCUCGGCAGGGUUCGGGGCCGCGCCGCGCCGCUCGGCCCCUUCUCCCGGAGGCUCGGCCCGGGAUGGGGCGAAGCGUCCCGCCGCGGCCCUGCUCCUCGGGCGCCGCGCGCCCCGCGGCCGCCGGCCCCGCUCCCCUUCCCGCAGAGCCCCGCGUCUAGAAAGCCCUGGGUUUUAUCUUCGGUACUGAAAAGGGGCGCUUUCCUGGUAACUCCUUUUUUGGGCUGGGGUGAACGUGUCCUGAAAAGUGCUCUCUCUAUUUCUUACCCCCCCCCCAUUUUUUUUUUUUAAUUCCCCCCCCUUCAAAAUGUGAAUAACACAGGAGCAAAAUCCCUCGGCGACGUUUGCCGUCUCAGGAAUCGGCUUGGGCCGCGGCGCGCGUGGGGAGGCGCGGGGUCUCCUCAGAGCCCGUGCCCUCCCCCUUUGGGUCCCCACCGGGACCGGGACCUGGACGCGGACCGCCGACGGUGGCUCGUUUGCGUGCUCCUACUGCCCCGCUACGGAGCGAUGAAACCCCUGGGGAGCUGGGAAGGGCCCUCAGGGGCGUAGUUGGGUUUGCAGCGCUGGCCUCCUGCUCUGGCUCUCGUCCGGCCCCGGGUGGGAACGAGCUGUGGGCACGUAGGUGUCUAGCACCGUUUCGGUUGCUCUAGGCUGCCCUGCCUGGCUCUGGCCCCAGCUCCGGGUACGUGGGGUCGUCCGUUGGUCCUGCAUCGUUUCUGCUGGUCCUGUGUCAUUUCGGCCAGUCGUGUGUAGCUCCUUUGGCUGCUCUCCCAAGCGCGCUAGAUGCCUACAGGCAGCCAGACCUGCCUGGCGGUGUCGGGGCUCUGACGUGCCAGGUCGACCAUGCGCUGGAUCUGGUUUCCAAACUCGUAGAAGGAUCUUACUACCCUAUUUUGAACGAUGAGCUCACCAAAGACAGCCUCGGAGUGGCUUGCUCUGGCUUGCAAGCUACCUGGCUGCUAGUUAGUCCCAGGGUACUGGAGGAGUUUGCACAGCGUAGUCUCAUUUUCUCUGAAAAAAACCCAGAGAGGAGCAGUGGGGUGCCGGGUGUCACACGACCUUGCUCCCUGCUCACUUCUUGCCCUUCUCUGGCUGUCAGCUUCUUUCUUCUGACAGAGCAAAACAAGCGUGCUCAAGCUCUUCCCUUGCAUCCUUCCCUCCAAUAUUCCUGGAGGCACAAAGGUCGACGUGCGAGAGGAUUCGAGGACGUGUCGGUGGUGGUCUUGAGUGCUCUACCUGUUUGCCUUUUGCUUCUGCAAAACUACUACUCAGCACCAAGCUGAGAGCCUGCUUGACCUUUCAGACGUUUCAGGUCUGUAAGAGAGCUUUUCCAUUCGGAGAUUUUAUUUUAUUCUUUUUUUGCUCUUCUGGGUGAGAGCUUUGGCCUGGAGAAGGUUUUAAUACCGUGGUUUCUUUGAAAGAACUAAAUGCAGCAGCGACAUGGAGAGCUAAGAUGCAGGUGCUUUUUUCCUUCGGUGCUUCGCCUCCCCGUAUCCCUUCCCAGGGAGAUUUUCAAAAGGGAUUGUGGCCUUUGGAUGGAAAAGCUCUCUUGCAUCCCUUUCUGAGGAUACGAGCUGGCCGCUUGGCCAGGCGAAGGGCUACCAGACAGCUGCGAUAAGCUCUUGGUCUUGUCACAGCUGUCUAAGGUCUUCCAAAGCUCUUGGGAGGAACUGCUUUCCUUUCCGAGCUUUGGCUGCACAUACAACGUGCCUUUGACAGCUCAGGCGUGUUUCGGACCGCUCUGUUCUCCGGUCUAAUUAGUCUGCGGAUGCGGCAUUUCUCCCCUGGGCUCUCAAAUCUGUCUUGCUAAAUCAGCCUCAGAGGGCAGGACGAAAUCGUUUUCUAAUUUCGCCCUUUGCUCCGCCUCCUCUCUUCCACCCUGGUAGGGACCGGUUCUUACAUCUCUUCCGUCACGAAGAUCUUGUGUUUUGGCUUGAGCAUCUCGUGCAAGUUACGCCAGUGCCUGGCGGCUCUUUGGCUUCUCGCAGCGCUCGGUGACCGGCAUCGCGUGCUGGGGAAGAUGCUGCUCCGAAACUGGGCGUAUCGGGAAGGCGAGGGGAGCUGGCGCGGCGUGCACGUGCGGCGUCCUCCUCCUCGUCUUCUCGGCCGGUUUAGUCGUUCGCCCGGCUCUGUGGCCUGUCUAGGAAACUGCUCGGUGACGCGGAGCCGGUUGGCUUCAUCAACCGGUCACCGAGAUGGGUCAAAACCUAAGUGAAGGCCCAGAACGCUGCAUCUUCGGGGAGAUGCUGUAUCGCCCGAAAUACCCGCGUUUCAUCUUCCACCUAGACCUCAUCUUCCACCUAGGCUUCAGCUGGCAGCUCCCACUUGAGUGCCUGCUCCCCCUCCCUUCCUCAGAAGGGCGGCCAGGGUCCCUUCGGCGUCGGGCGGCCCGGGGCGGCCGCUGCCGCCGUCCCCCGCCUCGCUGGCAGACGGCUCUUCUCCCCCCGCGCCCGUGGCGUGGCGGUGGUGGCCUUGCCUGCCCGCUCCGUGCUCGUGCCCUGCUUUCUGUUCUCAGAGACAGUGUUAAAAUCCUCCAGUUCAGGUGCGUGGUGGAUACGUUCAGCAUCAAAGAUGCAGCGUUUGUGCACUUUUUUUUUCGGUAAUUUAUUUCUCUAGGUGUGUUUGGUUCGGAUUGGUGCAGUGCCUAGUUUUAAGCUACCAUCUUCGAUCUAGUUUUUCCACGUAGAGGUAAGAGUUAAAAGAGCUCAACUCUUUCAGGAGGUUUCUGUCCUCCCGUCCUGGUGGGAGGAGAAACCAAAACCAAGGCAACGUGAAGUCUCCUGGUAGCAAACAUCCUUUCCUUUGGACUGCAUCUCACGCCGUGUGGAUCUGGCGUGAACUCGCUUCGCCAGAUCCUCGAAUGGAGAUGGUUAGAGAGAAAGGCUUUGCACCCAAAGUCCACCCGACUUGAGGCUUCUGGUCCCUUUGGCACCGUUGCUCUGAUUCAAACCCCGCCACGUAGCGUGCGGCAGGUUGCGACGUGUGCUUUGAGCCAUUAACUGGGAGAUGGCCACCUCGGGCGCCCGAGUGAAUGAGUGCGAGUAGAAAUACGUAUAUGUGUGUGGGGUGGAUGUUUAUAACACACACAAAUAUAUAUAUUAUAUAUAAAUAAAUAUAUUUUCCUUAAAACGAAGAUCCUAGGGAGUCUGUUGCAUCCUUGGAUUGAAGGAGCAGCAGCAGCAGGGCAGGGGCCGCGAAAACGUUCUCGCUUGAGCAUGGGAGAUCGCUCGAACGUGCACCAUCGACGCCGGCAGAGCGACUCGUUUGGCAAAAUCUGCUCUCGAAGCCAAGAUAAAUAAAUAAAAAUAAAAUAAUUGGAGGACAGUUACCUUGCGGGCGGGAGCCAGAAGAAACACGGCUGGAGAGAGCUUCAGUCGCCGUGUAGACCACGCGACACUCCUGGACCUUCCUUUAUAAAGAUGCAGAACCGCUUUCCCACCCCCCCCUUUUUUUUUCUCUUUUCCCUGAACGCCCCCUUCCCCGCCUCCGUUUGCUGGCCCCUCCGCUUUGUACGAGUUCCCUUUUUAAACGGGAUCCUGGCUGAAAAGCAAGGAGCGCCCGACGUGUCUCUGGGCAGCCUCUCCGCCGCUCGGCGUUCGGGGUUGUAUUUUUUACUGUCUUUCGAAACAGGUGUUUGGGAGGGAAAAAAUCAAAAGCUCUCACCGGUGGUUGCUGUUACGGUGCGAUCAAUAAACAUCUUGAUUCUAUUAAAA